GCCAGCGGCACCAACUCUCAGCCAGACCGCGAGACAUGUGGCUGAGACUUCAGAAAGCUGCCGCUCCGUUUUUAGCGAAGCACAUCUCCCGGACAGUGCGAGUCGUCAGAAUUUCAUAGCACUAGCUUGGACGCUAAAGCCAGUCUACUAGGUGCAAAGCAGCUGCAGCAGCGCUUAAAGUGGUGAUCAGGACAGUCCGGGGCGGACAUGACUGGAGCUGGAAGUGGCGGCCAGGGCCCGCCGGAUGGGACGGAUGCUGAGGAGGCAGAGAGGUGUCCUAUCUGCCUGGGCGUCCUGGCUGGAGGCGAACUGGCAAUGCCCGACAGCUGCUGCCACGUCUUCUGCCUCAGAUGUCUCCUCACAUGGGCAGAGUUGCAGAUGGCUCCUUCCUGCCCGGUGGACAGAAGACCUUUCACUAAUGUUUACAGAUGGGAUGGGAAUCUCAGCUGUGUGCAGGUUCCUGUGAGGAAACAAGCGACUCCACCUGAAGCUGAGAGUUGCUGCUGUAGAAACCCCGAACAAAAAGUCUGUCUCAAGUAUUUUCUUUUCAGAAGUAAACCGUCAAGAAGACCGAGAAGGCAAAAGGUGGAGAGGACGGCAGACGGCAAAACAAAAGGACUUGUGAGGAAAUGUAACGAGGAUGACCCCUCCUCACUAAGCAGAAAAAAGGUGAGAGGAACAGAGUGCUGUACUUGGUCACCGUCUCCCUGUGUCUCAGUAACAACGUCUACUCAGGACAUUACAGAGCCUGUGUGGGUGGCCGAGGACAUACCUUAUGACACCGGGUUCAAACACUGCAAACCCCAGGCGCAAGACUGUCCGUGGCUUUCUCCUGCUGCUCCCAUCCCUGUUCACGGCACCUCAAGGCAGAAUUUCCAUCCCUCUGGUUGGAACCACAGCCCACUUCCGUCUCCCUUUACCUCCAGUUCACCCUUCAGCCCCGGUCAUUUCGUGUUUCAGGGCGUCGUCUGCGCCAUCACGUGUCCCAAAGGAGGGGAGAAGAGGGGCGGUCGAGCUUCAACCUCCAAAGCGCCCACCAAAGAGGCCAAGUCUCUCCCAUCCAGGCGAUCUGGACGCAACAGUAAAAGCCAGGAGGAGGCUCCUGCGUCUGAUCCGUCAUCACCGCCGCAGUCCAGUGCUUCAGACUCCGACUCGUCUACCGGCCAGGCCGCCAAGCCGGGCAGGCCGGCUCAAGUGCCAGCCAAGAGGAAGGGCAAGCGCGUCACAAACCGAAAGGCCAGCGGGAAGAGGAAAGCCCCGGCAAGAAAAAAAAAAUCUCUCCAAGUCGUGAGCAGCCCGGCAGCAAGUGAGGAGGAGGAGGAGGAGGAAGAAGAGGGUGAUGGAUGUGACAAAAUGGAGAAGGAGAAGGAAAAGGAGGAGGAAGAGGAUAAAACUGAUCAGGAACAGGAUUUGAACAACUCUAAGCAGCAGCAGUCUGAUGCUGAAGGGAGCCUCAAUGAAGAGCAGAGCGGCUUCCACUCUGCUGAUGAGCUCGGAGGCGCUGAACCCUUGAGCAAUGAUGUAGGACAGGACAGCGAUCAGACUCAGGAACAAUCUCAUGAACGUCAACUGAAACCAGAUGAGGGAGACGAGGACCUGUCUUGUCCCUCUGACUCUGCCCCUUACAGCCCCGGUUCAUGCUCAGUGGGCGACCAGGGCAAGAGGGAGGAGGAGGAGGAGGAGGAGGAAGAGGAGGAGGAGGAAGAAGAAGAAGAAGAGCCAGCAAGCCCUGUUUCUUCUGGCGGAAAGGACUCGCCUUCCCCCUCUCACUCUGAGAAAGGGGCUUCGCCAUCACCCUCUCACUCUCACUCUGAGAAAGGGGCUUCGCCAUCACCCUCUCACUCUCACUCUGAGAAAGGGGCCUCGCCAUCACCCUCCCACUCUGAGAAAGGGGCCUCGCCAUCACCCUCUCACUCUGAGAAAGGGGCCUCGCCAUCACCCUCUCACUCUGAGAAUGCCCUGCUGGACAACUUGAUGUCUCCACACUGUGACGAUCAGGCCGAGCAGGAUGAUGACGACGACAUGGAGAUUUGUGCAGAAGACGCCAACAACAAAGAAUCUUCAAAUGCAGUGAUUGCUGAAUCACGGGAGGAUUCUCCACAACUGGCUUCCCCCUCUGCCGGAGAGUCUGAGGAUAAUUCGGCCAUCUCGGAACCAAAAGCCUCUGAGGACACUGAUGUUAAAACAUUUGCAUCAGAACUUACGCCUUCAGUAGUUGACGGCUCUCAGGAUGGAACCAAGGAUGACAGUCCAUCCAAGGAUGACACUAAAGUUGUCCCUAUGGACUGCAGUUCACCCAUGAGCGAGCAGGCCAACAGUCCCGUUUUGGAACUGCCGAAGGAGAGUACUGCCUCGGUCUCUGCGGAACCUUCUGGCUCCACAAGCCAAGGGGCCAAAGACGAGAGCGACAAGGAGCAACAGGAAAGAGAAAGGAGCCAAGAGAGGAAGAACGGCAAGCAGAGGCGCUCUCGCUUCCACUCCUCAACCUCUACCUGGUCACCUAAGAAGGACUCCAAGCUAGAACCACCCAGACGCUCGCGGUCCAGAGAACGUGACGGCAGCCCGCCUUCUAGCCGCUCGUCCCGAGCUCGCAGCAGAGAGAAGGACCGGGACCGGGACUGUGAGAGAGACUAUUCUAGGAGGGAACGUAGUCGCGAAAGAAGGAGGAGGCGAUCUAGGAGUCGCUCUAGGUCCAAGUCCAAGUCCCGGUCUAGAUCAAGAUCCAGAACAAGAUCCUACAGACGAGGGCCCAGCCCGGAACGGCCGGCCUCCAGAGAGCAGUCUCCCCAGAGGAAGGAGCGUAGAGGUGGCUGGAGGUCCGGGCAGGGCAGUGGGUCUGGUGUUGAGGGACGGAGGCAUCAGGGAGGCGCUGGGCGCUCUGAAAACGGUGUGCCUACGGAAAGUUCCCCUGAACGCCAGGGCUGGUCGGAAAAUCCAGACUGGGUCACAGAAAAGAGCGAAGCCGACAGCAAGAGCCGGGACCUCGGCCCAAGCUCGCGCUGGGAGUCACGGGGUCGCGGGGGCCGCGGUGGGUCAGGCCGGGGUGCAGGGCGGGGCGGCGGCAGCCGUGGCUUCUACAGCCAGCAGGAGGAAAGCGGAGACCGCUGGCAGCCCCGAAACAACUUCUCAGGUUCAGGCAACAAUUCAGGGAAUGACGCGUACAGCCGCUUCAAUGAAAACCGCGGCGGUGGCCGAAGGAAAGAGUCCGACUCGGGAGACAAUACGCUGGACCGGUCAGGCUGGUCAUCGGCAUCCAGCUGGGCUGUCAGGAGAACGCUGCCCGCAGACGUUCAGGAUUAUUACUCCAAGAGGGAGAGAGGAGGACCAGGAGGCUGGAACCGACAAGAAGAGGAGCAGCCGGCAGCAGCAGAUGCCACUAAAAGCGAGCUUCCUGCCCAGGCCGUACCCGGUAACGCUCCGGUGCCGGUGAUGAACGCUGCGCCCCCUCAGCUGAACGUUCUUCAGCAUCACUACCCCAUGCAGGGCCCGCGAGGAGCCCUGCCGGUCAGUUUGCAGCCUGCGGCGCCGUACGCCAUGCCUCCUCAGGUCCCCGUGCACCUCCACCCUGCCGUACCGCUGCUUCAGGUCCCCGCUGUCGGCGCUCAGGGCCUCCCACCCCCUCCCCCACCACCCCCACCCAUGCAUCAAGGCGGCCAGACAGCAGCGGCUCAGCCUGACGGCUACGCAACACAGAUGGGGAAUACAAUGAUGGGUUAUGGAAAACCCGGCCUUCUUCCCACCCCAAGCAAAGGUGGUGUUGCAACGGUGACCUACGGCCAGUCGGCACACAGCCAUGUUGUUCCGUCCUCUACAACUCAGCACGGCCAACAUAAGGCUCACGCUGGCGGCUCCAAAAAGGAAAAGAAACAACAGAUCCAAGAGAAAGCUGUCAAUGAAGUGAAGAACGCCAUCAAACCCUAUUACCAAAAGAAGGAAAUCACAAAGGAGGAGUACAAGGAGAUUGUCCGCAAAGCGGUAGAGAAGGUGUGUCACAGCAAGAGUGGUGAGGUGAACUCCAGUAAGGUGGCCAACCUGGUGAAGGCCUACGUGGACAAAUACAAGCACGCCCGCAAGAAAUGAAGCCCCGCCCUGCUGCUGGCGCGGCGAUGCCCUCACGGACCCAUUGAGCUGCUCAAGUGCAAUUUCCUCUGGCUGGAAUUUAGCCUCCUAACUGAAAUUCAACGGAGAGCCGACAUUUUCUUUUUUUGAUAUCUCUACCUUUUAUUGAAUGAAAGAUUUUUUUCUAUAGAUUUUCAUAUUUUGUUAGAAAAAGAAUUACCCAAUCAGAAAUUGUAAUGCAAGAGCCCUUUAUUUUGCAUAGAUCAUGUGACUUGGAGAACUACUGUAAGAAGCGCAGGGUAGCGUGUGAGGGGUGGGGGGGGGGGUGGGACGGUUGAUACUAAAGAUGCAACGCUCAGCCAUCUACCGUCAGCUCAUGUAGUGGAGAGCCUCUUCCAGGGUGCCGGCUGGUACGAUGAAUUCCUCCUAAAUGGCAUCCUGAUCGCAUAGCUUAUUAAUUGAAUAUUGUCAACGUUCUUUUAAAAAAAAAAAAAUAUUAUAUAAUAUUUCAGAUGAGACUAGUUAAAAAAUCAAAACUGUGCAUUGCCUUUAUUAAUCUCCGUUGUUCAAUUAAGGGCUGGAAUCUGAUGAGUGUGAAUGUAAUCGGGGCCCUGAUUGGUUGAGGAGAUGCUUAGCGGGAUGGCCAAUCAGAAGUGAGUUUGUAACGUAAGGCACAGGUCCCAGGGGGGCAGGUCACAUGAAACGAGCCCCACCCUUGGCCUGAACAUGUAUUAAAUGUCAAUGGGUGAACACGAUCUGUGCAAAGUAUCCAGAGAGUAGUGAAAUAAAAUAGCUGCUUCCUGA